UCAUGGGUACACAACAACAAGACAACAGUAUCAUACAACAUUAUUUUCACAUUCCUCUUGCUUCUCAAAACCUACCUGUACUCUCUCUCUCUCUCACUCAUUUCUUUAAUUAAUUUUUAAACACUAUUUCUCUCUUUCUUCAGCUUUGAUGCAUCUUCUCCUCUCACACACAAAGCCCCAUAAUAUUAAUUACUUUGUCUCUCUCAGCUUCGCAAUUUGUAAAUCACCUGGGGACUCUCACCGUAACCCCCGAGAUCUGACUCCCUCCCCCUCGCGUCUCUAGAUCCGUCGGCGAUGGCGAAUCUAGUCCCCGGCGUCCUCCUCAAGCUCCUCCAGCACAUGAACACCGACGUCAAAAUCGCCGGAGAGCACAGGUCAUCCCUCCUACAAGUAAUCAGCAUCGUCCCGGCGCUAGCCGGAGGCGAGCUGUUCCCGAACCAGGGCUUCUACCUCAAAGUCUCCGACUCCUCCCACGCCACCUACGUCUCUCUCCCCGACGAGCACGACGAUCUGAUCCUGAGCGAUAAGCUCCAGUUAGGUCAGUUCAUCCACGUGGACAGAGUCGAAUCCUCUUCCCCCGUCCCCAUCCUCCGCGGCGUUAGGCCCGUCCCCGGUAGGCAUCCUUGUCUCGGCACUCCCGAGGAUAUAGUGGCUGCGGAUGCCUUAGGGUUCCUUAGUGAUGAUAGCAAGAAGAAGGUUAAGUCGGUUACUAGUGAGGUUGAGAGAGGAGUAGGGAAUAAUAAUAAUAAUAAUAAUAGUAGAGUGAGUGUUAGUAGUAGCUCUAAAGAUGAGUCUUCUAAGAAGGCUUUGGUACGAGCCAAGUCUGGUAAGACGAGUUUGGUUUUGGAUGUGAAGAAGGAAGCGUUGGGGAAGGUGAAGACUUCUUUUUCCUCUUCCGGGGGUUCGAAAUCGAUACCUUCUUCGCCAACUAGUUGUUAUUCUUUGCCUACUUCUUUUGCCAAGUUUGCGAAUGGGGUUAAGCAGCAUCAGCAGCAGCAUGUGAAGCCGAAGGCCGCUUUGGAGAAAGGCUCUCCGAGGAUGAUGGGGUUGUUGUCGGAGAGAGGGAGGUCUCCGCUUAGAGUGGAGAGUCCGAGCGUUGUUGGGAAGAAGCUUCCCAUGAUUAAGAGUUUCGUGCAGGGGAUUGAGUUUGGAGCUAAGGCGCUGAGGAAAAGCUGGGAAGGGAAUUUGGAUAUUAGGGGUUCUGAUAGCUCGAGAUUGAAGGUUGCUAAACGUGAUUCGACCCCUGAUUCUCGGAGUUUAACUGGUCCGAGGAAAAGCACAUCUAGUGAGAAGCUGCCAAGCAAACAGGAGAGGGCUAACGUAUUUGCAAAAUCAUCCAAGGAGCAGAGUAAAACCCAGUCAACUAAGAAGGUCGAGACAGCAGGAGUGGUGGACACCAAGGAUAAAACGAGUAAACCUAAAUCUACAUCCGUAGGAAAGAAAUCUACUGGUGAGAAUGGGUUGCCUGGGAAUUUGGUCAAGGUCCCUGUUAAUAGUAAAAGAUUAGCAUCUGCCACUGUCCAAUGGGGUUCACUCCCCUCAUCUCUUUCAAGGCUAGGACAGGAAGUCUUGAGGCAUAGAGAUGCUGCUCAAGUUGUUGCAAUAGAAGCCAUGCAAGAAGCAUCUGCUUCCGAGAGCUUACUUCAAUGCCUCAUUAUGUACAACGAUCUUAUGUCAACGGCUAAGGAAGAUGAUCCAUUGCCUGUCGUUGAGCAGUUCUUGAAACUCCACUCCGGUCUGAAGAACGCUCAAAUAACAACCGAUUCAUUGUCCAAAUUAAUUUCUUCAACAUCCUCCCCAGAAAAUGAAGAGAACAAAUCUGAGGAAGCUGUAAAAGUGGCUGCAGAAAAGCAGAAACUAGCAGCCUCUUGGGUCCAAGCUGCGUUAGUCACUAACUUAUCAGCCUUCUCUGUCUACACCAACAAACCAACCAAAUCUACUGCAUCCAAGAGCAAACCCGUGAUCAUACUCGAGACCCCCGGCAAUAAUCCCACCGGGAAACCACGUGGAAGCGUCCAAACCCGGCCAACGGUUGGAUCUAAACUCGUGGCGCAAGGCAUGAUACGUAAACACAGAGAAAACAGUAGCAGCCAAAAGGCCAACACGGUAGCAGCAGCAGCAGGAUCAGAAUCUCCACCGCUAAACUGGGUGAAAGGGAACGGUCUGAACGAGGCAACCGAUCUAGCGGAGAAGUUGCAAACGGUAUCUCAAGAUUGGUUUUUGGGUUUCGUGGAGAGAUUCUUGGACGCAGACGUUGUGGAGACGUCUUCGAACCUGUCUGAUAACGGACAGAUAGCUGGGAUGCUGUCUCAGCUGAAGAGUGUGAAUGACUGGUUAGACGAGAUUGGUUCAAAAGAAGAUGAAGAAGGGUUACAAGAAGUCUCAAAGGAAACAAUAGAUAGAUUACGUAAGAAGAUAUACGAGUAUCUUCUCACGCAUGUGGAGUCAGCAGCUGCAGCGCUUGGUGGUGGCGGCUCCGUCUCUUCUCCUAGACCCAAACCAAUCGAAACCAAAUCAAAGAGAUGAUAAAAAUGUUAUACUUGAGAUUUGUUUAUGCUAUUUUUGUAAUUAAUUAAACAUACGAGGUCCCAAAAGAAAAUUCAAUAACUUUAAAAUAGGAAAGACUCUUUCUCAUUUGUUGACUCUCUUAACAGAUCUGUUUAAAUCUC